AUGUUUCAUUUGGCAUCGUCGUUGUACACACAGUACACCAAACGCGAGCAGUAUAAUGUUUUAAUACUCGGGUUGGACAAUGCGGGCAAAACCACCUUUUUGGAGCACCUCAAAUUGUUGUAUGCUACGCCAAAUGAGACCAAGAAGACCGAAGGGGGUCCCGAUACAACCGAAACUAUCAGAUCGAAACGGAUCUUGCCGACGGUGGGACAGAAUGUUGCUACUAUCAAAUAUGAGGGAACAGAUUCCCAUCAGUUCGCCAAUAUCAACUUGAAAUUCUGGGACUUGGGAGGCCAGAAAUCAUUACGGAGUAUGUGGUCUCGGUACUACAAGUCGUGCCAUGGGAUCAUCUUUAUCAUCGACUCGACGGAUACAGAGCGAUUUCACGAGUGCUACGAGACGCUAAUGGAAAUCACCCACGACCAAUCGUGGAGUGACGAGAACAACGGGUUCGACUUUGUCAACGUACCGAUCCUCAUGAUGGCCAACAAGCAGGACUUGCCGACAGCCGUCGACUUGAUCUCGUUGAAAACUGGCUAUUUCAUCGACUUGGUGAGUGAGCUCGAAGCCACGGACCUGAAGCUCUUACCGGUGUCGAUCUUGGAGAACCAAGGACUUCGCGAGAGCUUGGACUGGUUGGUAACCCGUUUAGUGUACAACAAGGCCAACAAGAUGCCCCAAUAUAAGUAG